UCUUGACUGCAGUUCGAAUCCGUCCAUCCCGGUUUCCCCCUCUCGCGAUUUCCCGCAAUCUCUGUCAUCACGAGGAUCCAAGCACCGUCAAGAAAUUUCCCUGGUCCCCAGGAUGGCUGCUAUGAUGCUGUCCAAUUGUUCACGAGUUGCACCUCGUGCUUUGACACGUUUAACAGCUUUUCCAAGAAUUAAGCUUGCGAGGUCAUUGCAUCUUGAAGGGCGUGUUCUUAGGCUACAAGCAAGAUGUUCAACAAAAAAUUUAUCGUGCUUGUUGUCCAUAGAAAAUCCUGUACAUUGUUGGGUUCUUCAUCCAAGAAAUAUUCAUUCAACACAAAUAUUAUGUGAGAUUAAAGACGUCAUGGUGCCACCAUUUGCAGAAAGUGUAAGUGAAGGAGAUGUCAGGUGGGAAAAAAAAGUUGGAGACCAAGUUAAGGAGGAUGAUGUUUUGUGUGAGAUCGAAACAGAUAAGACCUCGGUACCCGUACCAUCCCCUGGACCAGGAGUGAUAAAAGAAUUAUUUGUAAAAGACGGAGACACCGUGAAAGCUGGUCAAAAAUUGUGUUCUAUAGAUAUUGGAGCUACUGGUGGAGCUGCUCCUGCAGCAGCUGAAGCUCCAAAAGCUGCAGCACCACCUCCACCACCCAAACCUGCGGAAACACCUAAGCCAGCAGCAGUUACUCCACCACCACCGCCACCAACAGCAGCUGCUCCUCUACCUCCUCCACCGCCUGCCGCAAGACCUCCUCCUCCACAAACACCAGCUGCAUCCAUGCCAGUAGCUGCUAUCAAACAUGCUCAAUCUUUGGAAGGUGCAAAGGUCCAACUUCCUCCUGUUGAUUAUUCCCGGGAAAUUAUUGGAACCAGAACCGAACAAAGAGUUAAGAUGAACCGUAUGCGCCUUCGUAUCGCUGAACGUCUUAAGGAUGCUCAAAACACUAAUGCAAUGCUCACAACAUUUAAUGAAAUUGAUAUGAGUAAAAUAAUUGAAUUCCGUAAAGAUAAUCAGGAAGCUUUCACCAAGAAAUAUGGUCUCAAACUAGGAUUCAUGAGCCCAUUCAUAGCUGCAAGUGCUUAUGCACUCAAAGAUCAACCAGUGGUCAAUGCAGUUAUUGAUGGUACUGAUAUAGUCUAUCGUGAUUACGUUGACAUUAGUGUCGCUGUUGCAACACCUAAAGGUCUUGUGGUACCUGUACUUCGUAGUGUAGAAAAUAAGAACUUUGCAGAGAUUGAAAUUGCCAUGGCGGCUAUUAGUGAUAAAGCUAGAAAAGGAAAGAUCUCGGUUGAAGAUAUGGACGGUGGUACUUUUACUAUUAGUAAUGGUGGAGUAUUUGGAUCACUUAUGGGUACUCCAAUUAUAAAUCCACCACAAAGUGCUAUUUUGGGAAUGCAUGGUGUCUUUGACAGACCCAUUGCAGUUAAGGGCCAGGUGGUAAUACGCCCGAUGAUGUACGUGGCAUUGACUUAUGAUCAUAGACUUAUUGAUGGACGUGAAGCAGUCAUGUUCUUAAGAAAAAUCAAAGAAGCAGUGGAAGACCCACGAAUUAUUUUAGCUGGUCUUUAAGUUCAUUUAUCAUCACGUCACAUCGAGAACACUUCUCACCUUCUUGAAAGAAUAUGAAAAAUCAUUAAUUUGAAUCUCCGUUGGAAGAAAUUUUAUUAUAACAUGAAUCACAGUACAUAUCUUGUUGACCAAAACAGUCUAAAAGUUAAACUUCAACAGGAUAUAUUUAACUGUACAUUGUCAUAUAAUUUUUAAUUCUCAUAAGAUUUUAUUUCAUUUUCUGUUUCAUGUAAUCAUUCAAAUGUUCAUAUCCUUUGUUGAUUUUAUAAAAAUUUUUAAUGCCAUUUUACAAGUGGGCGAGUCGUGGUGACUCGGUGUAAAAAAAAAAAUAACUAGGAGUGAUUUGAUGGAUACCAAAUGUAAAUAAUGUAAGAAUAAUGAUUGUUGCGCGAUAAAACUACGCAAAUGUAAUGGAAGAUAACUAGAAAAAAUCUGAUGAUUAUUUUAAAGUUUUUUUUAGAACAAUUACACAUUGUUAGGCCGACGAAAAAAAUGGCAAGAGUAAAAUGUGUUCAAUUUUGACCAAUUUUUCGUGUAGUUUAACACCAUGUUAAAAUUUGGAUUACAUAAUUAAUAUUUAUUAUUAAAAAUACGAAACUUAAAUAAACUUCAAAUGAAAUAAAAACAAAA